CCGUGGCUCGGUGAGGGCAGCACACGGCAUGCCUUGUGUUGUGCAAUUAACCACUGCUCGGCAGAACACUAACGAUCCUCGUUAAUGAGCACAGCACCGGGCAGUCAGGGCACGGCACCCCGCACACGGCAGUUGUGCAGCAGGACCAAACCCCCAGAGUGAUGCUGGAAGUCACGAGCUGGGGCCGCAGCCCUUUGCUUGCUGUCUUUGCACCGAAGCUGCUGGGGGGGCUGUGCCUUGUGCACCCACUUUGGGGACAGAAGGGACCAGCACGGCCUUGCUGGGAACGAUGCUGGGGCAGGCGAGAGUCCCCCAGCGAGGCUGGUGGGGACAGCAGGUCGGUCACUCCCUGGCACACAGGGGUAGCCCCCAUUCACCAUCUCACCAUUACUCCCUGCCAAAAUAACUGCUGCAGACACGGGGACACUGUCCCCGAGCUGACUGAGGUCUGUGCAGGGCUCUGCACCCUGGCCAGGCUUGGGUUUGCCCCCGAGCAGAAAUGUUGGUGCAGUGGGGUCGUGUUGUUGGUGCAGUGGGGUCGCACUACCCAGCACACAGAGCCCAAACCGAGCAGUGCAGGGGGCCGGGGCUCCGCUUCCUGCUGCAGGGACGCGUCCGGCCACCACGCUCGUGCUGCGCUGCUGCGGGCGCAGGCACGCGGGAGCAUUUUUCAAAACCAGCCUUUGGAUGCUCGCCGUGGGGCCGGGUUGUUAACGUACGAGACGCGUGCCGUGCUGCUGGGUGGGAGCGCGCUCUGCUGGUGCUCCCCCCCCCCCCGAGAGGCACCGUGCAGCAGCACCACGGGGCCGCGCACGCCCCGAUGGCUUGGCAGGAGGCCCUGGGGUGCAUGGUGGGGGUCCCCGGGGGUCCCCACCCAUGGGGUACCCCAGGGAGCUUUGCCUCCGAGGAUGCCCUGUGCUUACAGUGGUGCUCUGGUGGGCCCCCAUGCCUGGGGGGGUCCCAUUCAUCCUAAGGGGACCCUGGGGACCCCAACAACCCCCUGGGAGCUCGGGACCUGCACUGCUGAGGAUACCCCAGAGACCCUCACCUCCAAGGCUGCCCCGGGGGACCCACGCUUGCAGGGACACCCGGGGGACCUGCAGUGCCCUGGGGGACCCUCACCCUUAGGCAUCUCCCAGCCCCCCCAACCCUUGUGAUGCCAUGGGGGACCCUCACCCAUAGGGGUACCCCUGUCCUUGGGGAAACCACCAGCCCCCUGACCCAUAGGGAUGCUCAGGGGGUGUUGGGGGACACCCCA